AUGACGCACCCGACCUCAAUUGCCAAGGCCAUGGCAUCGCUAGGAACCGGAUGCGCAUCCAUGAACUUGAUGAUUCGCGCUGUGUAUAUCUGGAAACAGAUGCCGCAUGCCUCCCUCGCCAUAGCAGCGCUCGUCGCCAUUUGCAUCGGUCACUGGGGACUGCUAAUCAAUUCCUUCAGGAUCAUCGACUCGGACAUUACAGACUCCGCCCCAAGCUGCACGAUCUCGAGCACGAACGGACACAUGCUCGGGAUCAUCUACGCUUACACGCUGGCGUACGACUUUGUCGUCAUGGUCGCCAGCAUCGCCGCCCUUGCGAAGAUGGAGGGCAGCCUGACGAAGAUGGAGGACAGCCUCCCCCGUACGCUGUAUCGCCAAGGCGUCGGCUUCUUCCUCAUCUCCUGCGUCUCGAAUCUCAUCCCCAUGCUGCCCACUCACUACCAGCAGGUCUUCGCAUUCAUGAGGCUGAGCCCCAUCAUGGACGUAAUGCUCACCGGCCCCUCGCUCAUCGUCUGCGUCAUCGCCUCGUGCCGCAUCACGACGCACCUGAUCGCGUCGAACGCUCAAGACCGACGCAUCCCGACCUUCGCCAACGCCAAUGCCGACAACGUCGUCGUGGACACCCAGGAGACGGGCCCGACCCUGCAAUUCACCUCCCACAUUUCUAUGCCUCCCAACCCUUCGCAGUUCACCCUCCAGCUCAAAUCCGGCGUCGCGCACCGGGACGCCCUCGACCGAGAUCGGAACUUGGACCGUCAUGACCUCCCAUCACCACCGCCGCCCAACUCGCCUCCGGACCACCCUCCACCACCGGGACUACCGUUCACCGCCACCGAUCCAUCGCCGCCUCUGCACAUGCACCAUACUUCGCACGACGUCGUCGCACCGUCACCGCCCCCUGCAGCGCACCUCAUCGGGAGGCGAAUAUUCAACUACGAUCUUCAUCGUCCACGAGAUCCUCCGCCACCAAGUCACAACGGAUGGGAGAUCCAAGAGGUCGCGCGCUCGUCCGGUCGUGUAUAG